GAUCAACUCCCGGGAAGCUCGAUCCGUUGGACGCAAGUUUACGUAAUUGUAUCCUCAUACGCUUGUACACCCGACUUUGGAGAGAUAGAGCACCGCAUCUAGCGGGCAUACUGAAGGCCUCUGCAAUUGGUAAAUUGAAACAGGAAAUCAUAACACACAAAGAAAACGAGCCCAUAACAUAGAAGUUUUUUUCUUUCUUUCUUAUCUUUUCUUUUUUUCUUUCCCGAUCUACAACUCUAGACCGUAAAACUUGGUCAUGCGGUCUAAUCAACUUGAGUCAGGAUAUACAGUGAUAAUCGCGAAAAACCAGAACAUUUUUGCAGCGAGUUCAGGCAAAUUAAUGAAAUGCGACAAAAUGAAGCCAAAAAUCCGACCUUGGGCGUACAUAGAUUCUGUGCGGGCUGGUGCGUGAACUAAAGCGUCGUACCGAAUCAGAAUAACAUCGCCACCUGCAAUGUGCAACAGAGGGAGAAAGUCUUAGGAUAAGCAACCUCGAGUAUGACGGUUUAAAGCUAUUACCCACUUUUACAUUCAUGCAAACUUUGUAUGCAUGCAACUCUAUAAGUGGUAAAUUGAGCGACCAGCACAAUUCGGUAAAAAGGGCCUCCCCUAUUUCAGUCCUGGAAGUGCUCCGGCCAUACAUUAUUAUACAAUCCGCACAAUUGAAAGCUCCAAACGGCCGAGAAAGCCAAAGUUUUCCGAUUUCGGUUCCAAUUAUGUGGCCAAUGAAACCCCAGACUGCUGAAAUCCAGGAAGAGUGUAAAGAACCAAAGUUUCUGGAACUACGCUCGUCCAAAUGGUUCAUUGUUAGCACAAUCUGCGUGGCAUCCUUCAGUGAUUCUUUCAUAUAUGGAGUGGUUAUUCCUGUUCUUCCAAACGAACUGGAACGUCGGAUUGGACUUAAAGACGAGGACCUCGAAUUCUGGAAUUCUAUGCUUUUAACAGCAUUCGGCCUUGCCCAAUUGAUAGCGAGUCCACUGUUUGGCUAUUAUGCUGAUCGAAGUUCAUCACGACGAACACCCUUACUCCUGGGAUUCUUCUCCAAUGCAGCUGCCACGGCUGUCUUGUAUAUUGCACAGAACGUUUGGAUACUGGCUCUCAGCCGUUUUCUCCAGGGACUCUCAGCAGCUGUGGUAUACACAGUCGGCUUUGCUCUGCUUGCAGAUACAGUCGGCUCAAAGGAUAUCGGACAAUGGAUGGGAUACGUGAUUUCGAGUCUCAACAUUGGAAUGCUGAUCUCCCCAACUAUAGGCGGCAUAAUGUACGCAGGACUUGGAUACGGAUCAUUGUUCAUUGUAAUGUUUAUUCUUAUUGCCAUCGAUAUCGUCAUGCGUUUGUUUAUGAUCGAGAAAAAAGUUGCCGCAAGGCUGAAGAAAGAUAAAACUGUAGCCGAGACACACACAUACGGGACCCUUCAGCAAAGUGUUGACAAUGCCAUUUUCGAACAACAAUAUCCGUCUACACCUUCCACCAGCAACACAGCCUCCGAGCCACUGCUUGUGAGCAACCAAAAUCAGCCUCCACCAGCAGACAAUAAGAAGCAUCCAAUAGCUUUAGUAACUCUGUUAAAAUCCCCACGCAUAUGGGCUGAUUUAUACGGCGUUUGGGUGACUGUAUUUCUACUCGCAAGUUUCGAUGCAGCUCUCCCAAUUUUUGUGCAACGAAAGUUCAACUGGGACUCGACCGGUGCUGGCUUAAUCUUUUUGGCUAUAACAUUCCCCAUAUUUUUAGCUCCCAUAGCUGGUAGACUCUCUGAUGUCUGGCCUUCUAGAUGGCUCACUGCAUCAUACUUCAUCAUAUCUGCUGUCUUCACUGUCUUGCUCGUUUUGAUACACAGAAAUAGCACUGAUCAGAUUGCUGGGCUUGCUGUCCUUCUUACACUUUAUGGCGUCGCUAGAGUCUUCGGUUCAUCACCAUUGGGUGCUGACUUGAGUCGAGCUGUAGAAAGUAUGGAGAAGAAAACACCCGGCAUUUUCGGUAAAACGGGAGCUAGCGGUCAAGUUUUUUCUUUAUAUACUAGUGCCAGUGCAGCGGGAGUUCUUGCCGGUCCUGCCUGGACGAGUUACGCCUUUGGAGAAAGAGGCUGGAUAUUUUUCGUUUCAAGUCUUGGAAUCUUGACUGCAACUGUUGCAAUACCAGUUAUUUUAUUCUCAGAGCCCGAAAAAUCGGCAAAGGGAAACGAUGUAGAAGUGGUGGCUGCAGAGUAGAUGAUAGAUUCUUCCCCGCCUAUAGGUCCCAGGUACUAGUGGGACAUUCCGAAGAACCAAAGAGCGCUAAGCUAUCAUCGCAUUAAGCGUCAGCGAUAAGAACAUCAGAUAAGAUAAAGAACACUUGCUUAAUCAAACAAGCAAGCAAAGGAUCAGGAAGAAUUCCAUAUUUGUUAGAAUACAUACACACAAAAGUUUCGGAUGUUCAUUAAGUACUAGCAAGAACUUCAGCGAUUCAAGCUACUCUAAGACUCCUAAAUAAUCCCA